AACAGUGCCUAAUUACCAUGGUAACAGCAUUAAUUGUUGAUUGAUAGUGGUUAACAUUACUCUAAUCUAAAGAGCAAAAUGAAGUUAAAAAAGAGGGUUUUCUUCGAAUAUUUGAAUUUCAACAAGUUUCAUUGCCUUCUCUCACUGACUAACACUAAAAUAAUUUAUGAUUAUUUUUGUCUUCUGGAUAUUCAUGAGAAAAAAACACUGAAUGACAUUCAGUUCUACCAUUUCAUGAAGCAUGUGACAACAAUGGGGAAGAAACAUAUAAUGCUGACGUUCGACAUGCUGGAUUGGGAUGGUGAUGGAGAAAUUGGUUUUGAGGAGUUUUAUAUGAUAGUUUGCAUUCUCCUCAGUAGUGAACACGAUGUGGAAGAGACCUUCAUCUGUCACCAUUUCCUCCCUGUCUUUGAACUGUUGGAUAUGGACGGUAGCAAAACCAUCAACUUGAAAGAGUUCAAGACGUCUGGAUUCCUUUUCAAUCUCAAGGGGUCUGAUUUCAAAAAGAUCUUGAACCUGUUUGACAUCACUGGGGAUGAGUGCCUGAAUCUAAGUGAGUUUCAGAAGUUUACCAUGAUGUGCAUGGAUGCCCAGAAGGAGUUUCAGAGAAAACCUGGAAAAUUACACCGUCUCAUGGACAUCUGCACAUAUUUUGUGAAAGAAGAUUAACUUCAUUUACUCGACUGAGUAAAAUAUGCCUCAGAAAAAAAAAAAUAAUAAUAAUAAAGGGUCUUCUGUUUUACUCUGACUACUGUC